UUUGCAAAGCAGCCAAGCCUUCAAGAUGUCGGCCUUCCUGUCGAUCGCGAGCAGGGCUUCUUGAUUUUCUUUAGAUCGUUUCAUUUUUCUCACUAUUAUGUAGUUCUGUUCAUUUUUAUCAAAUAAUAUUUAUAAAGUACACUUGAACAUGGCUGCUCUAGCUCGGUCCUUGAGAGGUAGUGGCAAUGUAACGAAUCUUUAUGGUGCGCUAUCGUGGGAGAGAUGUAAUCUGGCUGUGGUACGUUCUUCAAGAUGGCAACAGAAAAGGUUUAUGUCGAACCCUUUGCAGGGAAAGACAGUUCGUAUAGGCUGUGCCUCUGGAUUCUGGGGAGAUUCAAUGUUGGCAGCACCACAGCUUGUUUCUGAGGGCAAUAUAGAUUAUCUUGUGUCUGAUUACUUGUCGGAAAUCACAAUGUCACUUCUGACAGCAGCUAAAAGAAAAUCUCCUACUAUGGGGUAUGCACCUGACUUCAUACAGUCUGUUAUGAAAGUACUCAUCAAACCCAUAAAGAAAAAAGGUAUUCGUGUGGUCAGUAAUGCAGGAGGAGUCAAUCCACACGAGUGUGCCAAAGCUUUGAUUGCUGUGGCAGAAGAAGCUCAAACUGACUUAAAAGUUGCCGUUGUCACUGGAGAUGAUCUUAUGGGGGACAUUGAACAAAUAAAGCAGGCUGGCAUUAAAGAGAUGACAAGUGGUCAAGACUUCCCAGACAGUGUUGUCAGCAUGAAUGCGUAUAUAGGAGCCCUUCCCAUUGUAAGGGCCUUGGAGCUUGGUGCAGAUGUAGUUCUUACUGGAAGAUGUGUUGACAGUGCAUUGGUUCUUGGCCCUCUUAUGUAUGAGUUUGGAUGGAAGCCAAAUGAUUACGAUUUACUUGCAUCUGGAAGUUUGGUGGGUCAUUUAGUUGAGUGUGGGGCCCAGUGCACUGGAGGAAUCUUCACUGACUGGCAGACUGUACAUAAUUGGGACAAUAUCGGUUAUCCCAUAGCUGAGUGUGCUGCAGAUGGAAAGUUUAUUCUUUCUAAACCUCCCAACACUGGAGGACUGGUGUCUCCAUCUACUGUAGCUGAACAGUUGGUUUACGAGCUUGGAGACCCAGCUCAAUAUGUUCUCCCAGAUGUGACUUGCGACUUUACGCAAGUCAGGCUUCAAGGACUCAUUGGUUAUGAUGGUGGAGCAGUUCUUGUUCAGGGUGCAGUUGGCAAACCAGCCUCAGAUGUGUACAAGGUGUGUGCAACGUAUGCAGAUGGCUUUCGUGCCACAGCUGUUUGUCCUGUUGGAGGGCCGUUUGCUUCACUUAAAGCUAAGAAAACGGGCGAAGCCCUCUUGAAAAGGACAAGAAGAAUGUUUGAAAAUUUAAAGCUGGAUGACUACACACGAACUCAUAUUCAGGUUUUGGGCUCCGAGGAGACAUAUGGAAAACAUGCCUUUCCAGGGAUCAUGACAGCAGAAUGCCAAAGGGCCGUUGUACAUUUCCACUCAGCUCUUUAGCACUGACGAGGAGUGGUGAUAAAGGCAACAACGUCAAUAUAGGUGUAAUUGCUCGCCAUCCUUCCUACGUUCCCUUCAUACGAGCGGCACUGACCGAGGAAAGUGUCGCGAAAUAUUUUAGUCACUUAUUUCCUUCUCCACCAGAAGAAGGACACUGUAAAGUUAAAAGAUAUGAACUUCCAGGGAUCAACGCAUUUAACUUUGUCUUAGAAAAUGCUUUAGGAGGCGGCGGAGUGACAUCAUUACGCAGCGACCCACAGGGAAAAGCUCUUGGUCAGAUGCUUUUAGACUUCAAGAUAAAGAAUGUUCCUGAUAUUUUACCAUCUGUCAUUGAACCCAGCCUUUGAGGACUAAGCUUAAACUUGUUUACCAGCGACACAACAUUUUGAUUCCUCAGGCUUUUUUUUAUGGAAACACCGAUCACGGUUGCCAUAUUCAAAAAAAUUUGAAAAUAAUCAAUCAUAUUGAUUUGGUUUUGUCUGUGACUAAUUUGAUGUCGAAGUGGGAAGGUAAAGGUUACGCAUGAAGACGCGAUCACAAUUACGUAUAUUUAUUGAACGUAUCCUUAUCAAUGAAUGUCCUAAGUUUUGUAACAUUUUUUAACGGCUUUUAGCAAUCUUAAUGGCGUCUUCAUCGUUCGAGGAGCAUUAUCAAUCGCGGUAUAUUUUCCUUCCAGAAAACACCGCUUUAAUCUUGAUCAUCGUUAAUACAUUGCCAGUGUGAACCAAGUAAAUCCUUGAGAUACCUCAUGGAAAGUUUUAACAACAGCCUCAACAGUUGCAUUCGGGCUUGAUGAUCACGACGGAAAUCAGUAGUAACAGAAUUCCCAUACCUCUGACCAUGGUUACACACAAAUCUUUUGUGUAACGAAAUACGAAAAUUAAACAGAUAAUCGGAUAAUG